CGCGCGCAAAUUCGCUUGGAAAAUAAACAUUGUGCAGCAGUGUCGUUUAGUUGUGAGUUUAACUUUCCGCAAAAUGAUGAACACACGGCAAAACUAUUUAAACGCGAAACGAUUCUCGGCAGAGCUGGCCCUCGAGCACAUAGUACCGCAUAAUGUGUCGUUCUACCUGAUUCCCCCGGUGGUGGACUUAACAAUCGAAGAGUUUGAAAAGCUGGCACUGGAACGGCUGAAGAUGCUUCGGCUGCUCGAGCAGGUUACGGCCAAAAACCCCAAGGUGUCGCCCGAUGCGUGGCGCGAGGCUGCAUUAGCCGAAGUACACCACGAGGGGCUCCGCACGUACGCCAAACUGUGUCGCGGAAACAUGACCGAUGACGUGAGCAAAGCGGCCCGUCGAAGGGAUUAUUUGUCGCACUUUAUUCUCCGCUUUGCGUAUUGCCGUUCGGAGGAGCUGCGCCGUUGGUUUGUGGCCCGUGAGAUGGAAUUGUUCCGGCUAAAGUUUGGUGCCCUGACGAUGCGCGACGUAAAGGAUUUCCUGGAGGUGUACGAGCUGGACUAUCAACCGCUUUCCGACGAGGAAAAGGCGGCCAUCUCGGAGCAGCUGUGCGCUAGCACUGCCAACCAGACGAGACUUAAGAUCGAAACGAGCGACUUUUAUGCGGUCCAUUUCACGCAAGUGCUGAAUCUGGUGCGUGAUCGGAAGUGCUUCCUGAAGGGUGGCAUAGCGUACAUCCCACCCGAGCAUUUCUUGCAUGUGAUCGGCUCCAAACACCAGCAGAUCAUCGAGGACGGGCUGAAGGCUCACCUGCGCAUGCUGCCAACGUUGGAGAUCGAUGAGCGGUUUUCGAUGCUUCUGAAAUCGAUUCACACGUCGUACACGGGCAAAAACUACACCGUAGCGAAGACGGGCUGCGUCCCGAUCGAGAGCCUCGAUCAGCUGUCGAAGAAAUCGUUCCCACUGUGCAUGCGCCACGUGCACGAUACGCUUCGAGCGACCCACCAUCUGAAGCACGUCGGUCGCAUGCAGUACACGCUGUUCCUGAAGGCGAUCGGUGUCACGAUGGAAGACGCGUUGCGCUUCUGGCGCGAAGAGCUCACCCGUGGGAAGGUACCGAUCGAAAAGUUCGAAAAGGAGUACGCCUAUUCCAUCCGUCACAACUACGGCAAGGAGGGUUCCCGGAUCAACUACUCGCCGUUUUCCUGCCUCAAGGUGAUCACCACACCGAUCGGGCCGGCCGAAACGCACGGCUGCCCGCUGAAGAACAUGGAUGCAAGCUCGCUUAAAAUGAAACUCACCGGCUUCGGGUUGAGUGCGAUCGAUGCCGACGAUGUGGCCGGGUACGCGGCGAAGGGUCACUACCAGAUUGCGUGCGGAAAGUACUUUGAAGUGUUGCACGAAACGAAGCUGGAGGAAGGUAUCAACCACCCGAAUCAGUACUUCGAGCUGAGUCAGUUAACGAUGGCCGGGAAACCGACGACGGAUCGGUCACGACAAAGCACCCAGCAACGCCAGUCGUACAGUCAGCAUACCACCCAGGACAGUAACAUCACGAUCUUGGGCGAUUCCAGUACGCUGAACAACGUGGACGACGAUCAGGAGCUGUGGGAAAUUAUGGAAUCGAAGGACAAGGAGGUGGACGGUACGGUCGGGGAGGAUAGCCAGCCAAAGGUGGCAACCCAGACGAAACAAGCGGUUCACAGUAAAUCGUCCUUGCAAAAACCCAUCACGGCACAGGAAUGGGAGGAAGAAGAUUUCGAUCUGCUUGGGUUGGACGAGUGAAGGUAGUGUGGUAUGUUUUAUUUUUUGUAUUUAUUUUCUUUUUUUAUCACACAUGAUUCUUUGUACUGAAUUUGGAAAAAAAGAAUAGGAAAAGUACCCAUGAGUGUUGUUGCUCGUAAAUUGUUUUGAAAAGCUGUAGGGAGUUACGGCUGGCCCAAAUGAUUCCAAUUAUCAGAAGGAGAGAAUUUUCCACUUAAACAAUUUGUAAAAAAUACAAUACAGAUUUAAAAAAUUAUGAACUUUUUUAAUUCGUAUGGUUUACACAAAAAUGUAAUUCUCGCUGAUCGCAUUAACCGAAUUUUUUUUACAGAAAAAGUCUUAUUUUUGCUUAUUCGAGGGGCUCUCCAAUAUCCACUUGCUAAAACUACUGUAAAUUCCAAUAUGUUGACACUGUUUUUAUGGUUUUACGAAAUGUUGCCAAAGAUUAGGUGGAUUUCAAAGAAUCAGCAAGUAAAGUGACAACAUAUUUAAUUUCCGGUCGUUUUGUCUAGCGUGUGGUAUGUAGUUUUGUUCUACAGAUGUAGGAUAAGAACUUUUUUUGAGUCAUUUUGUCAAAAAACUAUUAAAUUUAAUGUUUUAAAUAAAAAGUAUCC